CGCCUGGUCUGCUCGCGCAGCCGCUGUUUCGUCUGCCCGCCGAGGAAGCAUGGGCGUCCAGGGCUUCCAAGAGUUCCUGGAGAAGCGCUGUCCCGGGGCCGUGGUGCCCGUGGACCUUCUCAAACUUGCGCGCACCGUUUCGCGCCAGCAGCAGCAGCAGCAGCAGCAGCACCUGCACCGCCAGCUGCCACCGUCGGCAGCCCUAGCGCCCGGGGCUCCACGCGUCAUCAGGGGCUCUGCUCCUCUGCAACCGCCGCUCGCCUCCGCUGCCUUUGGUGCCUACUCCGGGGGCGCGGGGCCAGCCCGGCACCACCACCCAGCUCACCACUUCCACCACCAUGGCCAGGCGCAGCCCGGGCUGCAUCCGCCGCCGCCGCCGCCGCCGCCGCCCCCUUCGCUGCCCGGGGCCCGGGUGCUGGUAGACGCGGGCUCGGCGCUGCCACGGCUCUAUGGCGGCUACCAGACGGACUGGGUUUGUGGCGGCCAAUGGAACGCCAUGCUGGGCUACUUGUCAGCACUGUGCCAGGCUUGUGCCUAUCCCGGCGGCGACGGCCUGGAGCUGGUGGUCAUGUUCCCUGGGGGCCUGGGCAAGGACCGACUGGCCGAGUGGGGCCGUCGGUGCCAGGCGGAGCGGCAGACAGCGCAACUGAUCGUGGGACACGUGGGCAACAAGGGCACCCCUCCACCGCGGGCCUGGUUCCUGCCACCUGCCUGCCUGAGCCACUGCGUGAGGCUAGCACUCAUCCGCUUCCGGGUCAAGGUCUUUCAGAGCCUUGAAGACCACCAUUUGGAAGUGGUAGCUUUUUUUAGGGAAAAUGGCUUCCAUGGCCUUCUUGCCCAUGACUCCGAGUAUGCUCUCUAUAAUAUUCCUUCUUACUACAGUUCCCAUGCUCUGAAGCUGAGCUGGAAUGGGAAGAACCUUACUACCAACCAGUUCCUCAUGCAGGAAGUAGCGAAGCAGCUGGGCUUGAAGCGGAUGAAUUUUCCUAUAUUUGCUGCACUACUAGGUAACCACAUUCUUCCUGAUGAGGACCUGGCUGCUUUUCACUGGAGCCUUUUGGGACCAGAACAUCCUCUUGCAUCACUUAAGGUCCGAGCUCAUCAGCUGGUUCUCCCACCUUGUGACGUGGUAAUCAAGGCUGUUUCUGAGUAUGUUAGUUCCAUCAAAGACCCCUCAAACCUGGACGUGGUUGGGAAGGAUGUUUUCAAACAGUCUCAGUCUAGGACAGAAGACAAAAUAGAGCGAUUCAAGAAAGCAGUUGAGUACUAUUCUGUCACAACUAAACUGUCUUCGCUGCCAGUGGGUCCCUCCUUCCUAGGCUUUCGAAAUAAUCGCCUUGGAAAUCCUCCUCUCCCACGCAAUCAAAUGGGCACCAUUUCUGCUGGAAAACCAAUGUUUUCUCACCAGGUGUCCCAGAAAAUGAAAUAUCCAUCACCAUUUCCAAUGGGACCCAACUCAUCUCUUCUCUUCUCCCAUUCUCUGGGGGAAUCCCAUGCUUUCUCUGAGGAUCCCAUGCUACAGGACAACCCCUUUGCCAAUUGGGCUGUCUCUUAUGACUCCUCUGCGUCCCAGUUUCCCAACUACCUGACUUCUAAAGCUUCACCUCCUUUGGGAGCAGACUCUUCCCAAUCCUCUUCUUCAGAUGGUGAUGAUCCAAAUGGAACCAGUUCCAAUCACAUCACUGAAGCGCUUCAACAGCAGCCUGGAUGGGAAGAUUCCAGUGGUGACAAAGGGUCUUGGGUACAGCCUGUUCAUGCUGGCGUUUCAGAAGCUAGCCUAGAUGAUGGUGAACCUCACAUCCCAUCUCUGUUAUCUAUGUCUACAAGGAACCACAUGGACAUCACCAUUCCACCCUUACCUCCAGUAGCUCCAGAAGUCUUGCGAGUUGCCGAACACAGACACCGAAGGGGUCUUAUGUAUCCAUAUAUCUACCAUGUCCUCACUAAGGGUGAGAUUAAAAUCCCUGUAUGUAUUGAAGAUGAGUGUAACAUGGAGCUGCCCCCUGCUGCUCUCCUAUUCCGGUCAGCACGUCAGUACAUAUAUGGAGUUCUUUUUAGUCUGGCAGAGACACAGAGGAAAAUGGAGCGACUGGCAAUACGACGACGACUGCCAAUGGAAGUUCCUUCGGUGAUCCUUAAAGAGUGGUCUGCCUAUAAAGGGAAAUCACCUCAAACUCCUGAGCUGGUAUCCGCACUCACAUUUCGGGAAUGGACUUGCCCAAACCUCAAGAAGCUCUGGCUAGGCAAAGCGGUUGAGGAUAAGAACAGGAGAAUGAGGGCUUUCCUGGCCUGCAUGAAGUCAGACACGCCUAAUAUGCUCAAUCCAGCUAAUGUCCCUACCCACCUGCUGCUCAUGUGCUGUGUGCUCCGGUACAUGAUUCAGUGGCCUGGUGGCCGAAUCUUGCAUCGCCAUGAACUUGACACCUUUCUUGCACAGGCAGUAUCUACCCAGCUUUAUGAGCCAGAUCAACUCCAAGAGCUCAAGAUUGAGAAACUGGAUGCUCGAGGGAUACAGCUUGCUGCCCUCUUCAUGAGUGGGGUCGACACAGCUCUAUUUGCUAAUGAUGCCUGUGGCCAGCCAGUCCCUUGGGAGCACUGCUGCCCCUGGAUUUACUUUGAUGGCAAGCUGUUCCAGAGCAAGCUCAUUAAAGCAGGCCGAGAACGCGUAUCUCUGGUUGAACUCUGUGAUGGCCAGGCUGAACUGGCAACUAAAGUGGAAAAGAUGAGGCAGAGUAUCCUUGAAGGAGUCAACAUGAAUCAUCCACCACCUUCUGCUCUACUUCCAUCACCUACUUUUGUGCCUCCCAUGGUACCCUCUCUCUACCCUGUUUCGCUUUAUUCCCGAGCCAUGGGCUCAAUUCCACCUCCCCCUCAAGGAAGGAGCCGGGGGUUUGCAGGUCUCCAUCCAAUCCCACCCCAAGGAGGAAAACUGGAGAUUGCUGGGAUGGUGGUAGGCCAGUGGGCUGGAAGCAGAUCUUCUAGAAGUCAAGGAUCUUUUGGCAUGCAAGUGGUUUCUGUCGGUGGGCCAGGAAAGGGGUACAGAAAAGAACAAACUGGUAGAGGAUCCAAAAGUCACAAAAAAGGAAAUAAACAAGGCUCUUCAGAGGGAAUUUCUAAAUCCAUGGAGCUUCACCAAAGUCGGUCCCGCUCACAGGUAAAUGGAAACAGUGGCACGUCGGUCAAGGAAGAGAAAAGUGAUCCUUUUCCAGCUCCAUUACAAGGUGCCUUAUCCAGAGACAAUGUGUGUAACGACGAUAACCCCAGCCUCCCUGUGAAGAAUGGCGAGAAGAACCGCUUACAAGAGCAGAAGCCAGAAACUGUGACCCAACAGAAAGAGGAGUGACCAUCUGAGAUUGGCUUCACCUGUCAGGAUGAGGGGAAAACUAUACUUUUCUGAUUUUUAUGCCCAAGUUAGAGGAGGAUAUAAAUAUUCACUUUAGAUUUAUCCAGGAUUUUGAGAGGAUAUCUUUUUACUUCCAUCUUUUGUUUCCUAUCUUCUUCUCAGGCCCAGACUUAGAUUCUGGGGAAAUUAUGGCUAAAGAUAAAUAACAAGAUUAGCUCCAAUUCUCAAAUAUAUUAUAGCACUAGUAUUCCUUUCUAUUAUGAGUUUUUCCCCCACUGGAAGCCUAGCAAGGCAGAAACUGUCAGAAAGCACAUACUAUCAUAGAAUGCCAUAUAGAAAAGUGUCAGCUUUGGUAUUUGGAGUAUUUAACAUGAUACUUACAAAUUUAUUUGGUAAAUGUUAGGUUGACAGGUUAACUGCCUAUGGCUUCCUUUCCCCCCCCCCCCCAUGAGGUAAUGGGACCUUGACAUAUAAUCAGCAUCCACUCCUCCUUAUUCUUCCUCAUCUCAUCUUGUAUACCGCCUCUAGCUCUGGCCUGACAAUCAGAUUAGGUAGAUGUUUUCAGGGAAGUGGGUAGUGUUGGUUAUUUUAUUUUAUACACUUAAGAAAAACUACAAUGACCUUUUACUGGGAGAUUCAAGCGAGUCAGAAAAGUACUGGGCAGAUUUUUCCUGCCUCUCAACCAGUGUGUUGUUUGUAAAAUAGAAGAUACGGUGCAGUUCACCCACUCUGCUGCCCACACCCAGAAAGGGUGGGAAUCAUUGUUAUGAGACUGAGUACAAAAGGGACUCAAGAUACUUUGUGUAUACGUGUGUAUGUGUGUGUGUGAGUGUGUGUAUAUGAAUGUGUGUAUUGAUAUGCAUACACAUACCCUUUAUAUAAGAGAUCUAUUUAUCUAUACAUAUUUUAUAUGUGUGUGUAUAUGUAUAUAUAUGUAUAUAUAUAUACAUAUACACACACAUACAUACAUGGUGAUGCCUCAGAGGAUUUACUAGACUUCUCAGAAUUGCUUCCACUAUGGAGUGGUGGGUUUCAAAAGACCACACUUUAAACCUGAAAUUCUGCCAUGGUUGCUCAUACCUAUGAUCCCAGCACUCGGGAGGCUGAGGUAAGAGGAUCAUUGUGGGUUCCAGGUCAUCCUGGACUAAAGUGAGACCUUGCCUCAGAAAAAAAGAACAAAAACACAGUAAACAUAUAAGUAAAAAUAAAUCUGAAAUCCUUACUAAGUCACAGCCUAUCACAAUUAUGAAAAGAUGGGCUACUCUAAAUCAGACACAAAGUACUUUCCAGAGAUUGCCUGUUCAGAACAACAAACACUUCACCUUGAACAGAGCCCUCACAUCCCAUAUUGUGAAAACAGGAGGUUGAAAUGGGAUUGAGAAGAGUUGAGCAUUUUUUUAUGAAGGUUUGGAAAUAGAAAAGGGAUAGGAGGUGAUUACCAUUUGAAAGGGCUUCAGCCAUUUUGGAGGAAAUUUCUUGUGGAACUCUGGGGUCAUAUUGGCUUCAGGCAAGACUUAGUUGGCAUGCAUCAAUGAAGGAGGGAAGACUACCAUUGGAAAGAAGGGGUGGGGAAGUGUGAGGGAAUUUGACAAUUUGAUUUUACUUGCUUAGAUUGUUUCAUUUAUUCAUUGACAUUUUGAAUACAGAUCUUUUCAUUUGCUUUGCAAGGAAGAUUUUAGAGGACUCUGGCCUGGGUCUUGAGAAGUAUUCUGUAAAAGAUUCUCAGCCAAUUUGGGGCCAGGAUCUGCCCAGGCUACAAAGGUUGUUCCUUCUUACUGGAGAUACUCUUGAGACAGCCUUGGUUUCCAGGUUCCCUCUUUUUAAGUAGCCAAGAUAUGAGGGGUGGAAACAUAGCUUGCAACAAAUUAAUAGUGUUUCUUAAUUCAUAAAUUGAGGCUUCCAGUCUCAUAUACCUCCUUUUGGACUUUAUGAUAUUCUUGCCCAAGAACUGUCAUUUCUUUAAGAAUACAACUGACUAGACUUCUGGCAGGGUUCUCUCUUUUGGGGAAAAAAAACCAUGCAGUCCAAUCCAUAACAGAUCCUUGUAAUUUUUUUUUUCAGACAACCAGAAGGCUGUUUGCUAACUGUCCAUUUACAAUGACUCUAUCUUGAUAAACUGAGAAGUCUUGGGCUGUUUAACCCUAGUAUGGCCCACUUUAAGAAAAAUCUACCAAGUUUGCUUGGGGAAGGGGGCCUGUUUGCCUUACCCUUGCUCAAAUACUUCUUACAUAAACCUAAGGAAAAUGACAAGUGCGUACACCUAGCAACAUAUGACCAUAUAUAAACAGGAAAAAAGUAUAUAAAACCAUCUUUUUGGAAUUAGCUUCUCUGAUUUGAUUCCCCUUCUUCUUUGGACCUGUUCAUCCUUUUACAGUUUGAACUUUAGGAUUUUUAUAUCCAGUAAAGGCAAGAAUGUACAUUUAGAUGGCUUAAAAUUGUCUUUCUGAGUCACAGAGAUGAAUCCUUUGGAGCUCUAAAAGUAACCAGAAUCAUUGAGUGAGUGAAUUGUAACAUAUGUGGACACAUAUCUAUAGGAAGUACUUAGAGUUAAUUGGUGAGGUAUCUUUUCAGUUGCUGUUUCUGUGGAUUGUGAACCUACUUGACACAGUCAGAUGACAGUAUUGUAAACUCUCACAGAAUUAAGAUUUAUUUCGUGGCCAUUCACUGUGAGAGGUAAAAUUGCUGCUUUAACGGAGAUGAUUCCAGUUUGCCAAAAGACUUGCUUUUCUCCCUCUACUUUCCCCUCGCCUAGCCCAGGGUGAAACAAAUGGUGUACUUCUAACUUUGUUUUCAUUUUUGAUUCAGCAUUUUGGGUUCAAGAGGUUACAAGCAAGAACUACAGAGUCAUGUCCUAGAUAUCAGUAUACCUUCAAAAAUAUACAACUUAUAAGCCAGAAAAAAGUUUCAUUACUGGAAAUUGAAUAUUCUCUAAUUGGAGAGCAAAUUGGGGAUUUUUCCUAUACUACUUGACAUUCCACUUCUGAGUCUGAUGUGGCUGCUCUUGAACAAAAUUAUGUUGGACCCCCCCCCCCAAAAAAAAUAACAGCUUUACCUUGAAGGCACACAAGUAAAAACAUCCUGUUCAUGUAUAGCCACUGAUCCCCAAGGACUUAACGCUCUUAAUUUCUUUGAGUCAGCUUGUAACUACUAUUUUUUUUUCUCAGAAGCCAGGCCUAACAAACUUUUCAUUUUCAUUCAGAGUUGGUAGGAUUUUUGAUAGACUGAAGCCUAACAAGUAAUCUUGCUUUGGCUAGAGAUGUUUGAUUUUUGUCUCCAUGUUCUGCUUUUGUUGGCUAAGUUUUUUUUUUUUUGUUUGUUUGUUUGUUUGUUUUUGAUCACUGAGAAAAAUAGCCAGACAAGGCAUUUGGGAGGGUGGUUGGGGGGAGGGCAAGGAUACUUAUGUAGGAUAGAAAGAAUAUGGGUGUAGCUUUUUGGUUAUGAUGAUUCAGUCCUUUGGAACCUUAGAAGACCCCUGUGGACACGUCAAUGCCAUCCUUUCAGCCUCUUAAAGUCCCCCCUCCCCACUUCUUUGAAAUGACAAUACAAGUAGACCACAGUUUAAAGUAGUUAGUAUAAUUCUAAGGUUUAAUCAUUAUACUUGUUCACUUUCUCGUACAUAUUUCCUAAAUACACUUGGGGUUCAGGGUGGGGGGAUAAGUUUUCACUGUUAUAUUGUACAUCCUCCUAUAUAUUUCUCCCUCCCAAUACUUUUGGCAUCUUCUUUGACUUUCUCUUUUCCCUUGGCUUAUUGCAGUAUUGUGCUGGUACAGGUAGACUGCUCAGUGUAUCUAUUCCCCAUUUACUGCUGAGUAUCUUUAAUAUUGCCUUAAGUUAUUUUGAUGUUCUAAGAAAAUUACGUGAUGUUUUUACAAAAUCAUUUUUUUCUAAGUUCAAAGCAAAAUAAAAAUGUCCCAUGUACUAUUGAACUUAUUUCAGCUUUUGACAUUACCCGUGUACUUUUAUAGAUGCUCUUUUUUGACUGUGUUGGUAGUUACUAAUGGCUAGUGAAUUUUCAUGUGAAUGAAGCAAGUGUUUCAGAUUUUGUUAAUCUCUUAUAACCCUGCUGAAUCUGAAAAUUAAUUCUAAUUGCUUCCCAGAAGGUACUUUCCCUCCUACCAUUUAUUUUACUCUUAUUUUUUAGACUAACACAUUAGAUUUAAAAAAAAAAAAAAGCAAAAACAAAAAAAAAAUUUAACUGCAAAGAGUUGGUGAUUUUUCUUUUUAGUGGUCCCUGAUAAAUGAUGUUAUUGACUAAACUAAGAAAUUCUUUCACUGUUUUUUUGCUGUGUUUACUAUCUCCUCUCCUGUGCUCUUGGCAGUGUGUUUAGUGAAUGGAUAAUAAGUAUUUCUCUUUACCACUCCCAAAUUCCAAGUUCCCUGCCUUUUUGGCCCACCUCACCACAAAAGCUCCAUAGUUUAUUAAUGUAAGUUCGAAUGGAUGCUUCUUGGGGGAAACUGCAGGAGUUAAUGGAAAUGUUUCAGAAAAGAAUAAGAAUGUCUCAGGAGCUGUUCUGUGAUGGAAUUUGGUCUGUUGUUCUGUUAAUGCUGAUGGAAAGAAACUUACAGCACUUAAUAAAAGUUUAUUCUUUUAGUUUAAAAGACUGUGAAA